AUGAAUCCGCCUAACCCAAAUUUGCACCAGCCUAUCCCACCAAAUGUUAGGAUUGAGGAAAUAGUAGACGGGGUUCCCGUUGCUACUAACCAUGAGGUAAUAGUGCCCUCUCUCAAUGUUGUACUACUAGCAAAAGCCAUCGAUAGAGAAAUCAGGGCGUACGCAGCUCCAACAUUUUAUAAUUUCAACCCAGUAAUCACGGAACGUGAAAUUACAGCCCCAAAGUUUGAACUCAAGUCAGAUGAAGGAUACAACAAAGAAGUGUUGCGGCUUAAGUUGUUCACCCAUUCACUCAGAGAUGAAGCCAGAACAUGGUUGAUGUCACUUCCUUCAGAAUCAAUUACAAGCUGGGAUGACUUGGCCGAAAUAUUUUUGAUGAAGUACUUCCCACCCAGCAAAAAUGCCAAAUACAGAAGCGAUAUCAACAACUUUCAGCAAUUUACCGGGGAGUCAGUGACCGAAUCUUGGGAGCAUUUCAAGCGACUUAUGCAAAAAUGUCUGCACCAUAGAAUCCCAAGAUGCAUCCAUAUCGAAAUGUAUUACAAUGGUUUGGACGAUGCGACGCGCUUAGUCAACGUUGUGUCCCCAAAUGAGGCUUUGCUAGCGAAACCUUAUGCUGAAGCAUUCAACAUCUUGGAAAGGAUAUCGUCCAACAAGCAUUCUCGGUCGGACACUAGAGCUAUACAAGGUAGAGGAACCAAAAGACUUAAUGAAUCUAAGUCAUACUCUACUCCUAACUCAAAGAUUGAGAACGUGAUAGACUUAGUGAGGAGAAGCAUGACACAACAAAGUACAGUGGGAGCACCUACCGGCAAAGCAAAUGCUAGCCACAGCCAAGGGUUUUCUUACUCUUUUUGGCAUGGAUAUCAUCAUUAUAAUAAUUGCCCUGGCAAUCCAGAGUCAGUGUACUGCUUGGGGAAUACAUAUAAUAGUAGAAACAACUCAUACUCCAAUACGUAUAAUCCCGGCUCGAGAAAUCACCCCAACRAGGAAAUCAGGGAGGAAAUAAUGCUGGUACAUCCAAUGCUCCAACAUAUUAGUAGAAAGGGAGUUAUCUACCAGGUUUUGCGAAUCAAGAUUGUUGAGCAACAAAGGGAAAAUCAAAAUUCUUCCAAUGAGGAGGUCAACCCAGUGAAUAGGUUAGCAUCAAUUGCGGGAUCAACACAGAUUAGAGUGUCUAAAAAAAGAAAGCAGACAGAGCACGAGGAUGCUCUAGCAGAAUACAAACUGGCACCACCAUAUCCUAAGCGGUUUCAGAAGAAAGAGGAGAAUGUUCAGUUUAUGAAAUUCUUAGAUGUGCUGAAGCAGCUGCAUGUUAACAUACCUUUGGUGGAAGCAUUAGAGAAAAUGCAAAAUUAUGUGAGGUUCCUAAAGAAGAUACUCACAAAGAAGAUAAAGUUGGGAGAGUAUGAAACUGUGGUAAUGACUAAGGCCUGUAGCACUAUCCUCACGAGCAAAAUUCCAACAAAGAUGAAGUAA